CGGGGCGAGUGGAGCCUGUGAAGCUAUUCCUGUGGUCUCUAGAAUCCUGUUCUGCCCUAGUAAAGGCAGGCUUUUCCGUGAGAGGAUUUCAAUUUGUUGAAAUGAGCAGUCAUAAAUCAAAGAGUAACAACUUAAUACAAGCAGAAUAACUUUCACAGGUACAAAGAAUUUUACGUGAAAGAUUCUGUCAUCAGAGUCCACAUAGUAACCUGUUUGGAGUACAAGUACAAUAUAAACACUUAAUUGAGCUGCUAAAAAGAACUGCUAUUCAUGGGGAAAGUAACUCUGUUCUCAUUAUUGGGCCCCGAGGAUCAGGAAAGACCAUGUUAAUAAACCAUGCUUUGAAAGAACUAAUGGAAGUUGAAGAAGUGAGUGAAAAUGUAUUACAAGUUCACUUAAAUGGACUGCUACAGAUCAAUGAUAAAAUUGCCCUAUAGGAAAUCACAAGGCAGUUAAAUCUGGAAAAUGUAGUUGGAGAUAAAGUUUUUGGAAGUUUUGCUGAAAACCUUUCAUUUCUUCUGGAAGCUUUAAAAAAAGGUGACCGGACUAGUAGCUGCCCAGUGAUCUUCAUAUUAGAUGAAUUUGAUCUUUUUGCUCAUCACAAAAACCAAACACUCCUCUAUAAUCUUUUUGACAUUUCUCAGUCUGCACAGACUCCAGUAGCAGUUAUUGGUCUUACGUGCAGAUUGGAUAUUUUGGAACUCUUAGAAAAAAGAGUGAAGUCGCGAUUUUCUCACCGGCAGAUACACUUAAUGAAUUCAUUUGGUUUUCCACAGUAUCUUAAAAUAUUUAAAGAACAGUUAUCUCUACCUGCAGUAUUUCCAGACAAGAUUUUUGCUGAGAAGUGGAAUGAGAAUGUUCAGAGUCUCUCAGAAGAUAGAAGUGUGCGAGAAGUGCUGCAGAAGCAUUUCAAUGUCAGCAAAAACCUGCGGUCAUUACACAUGCUACUGAUGCUUGCUUUCAAUCGUGUAACACCAGCACACCCAUUUAUGACUGCAGCAGAUCUGAUGGAGGCAAACCAGCUGUGUAGCAUGGACUCCAAAGCAAACAUUGUACAUGGUCUUUCAGUCUUAGAAAUCUGUCUUAUCAUAGCAAUGAAACAUUUAAAUGACAUCUAUGAAGAGGAGCCCUUUAAUUUUCAAAUGGUUUAUAAUGAGUUUCAGAAGUUUGUUCAAAGGAAGGCCCAUUCUGUUUAUAAUUUUGAGAAACCUGUUGUCAUGAAGGCUUUUGAACAUUUACAACAAUUAGAAUUAAUAAGGCCCAUGGAAAGAACAUCAGUAAAUGCACAGAGGGAGUACCAGCUGAUGAAACUACUUUUGGAUAAUAUGCAAAUUAUGAAUGCUUUGCAGAAAUACCCUAACUGUCCUACAGAUGUUAGGCAGUGGGCAACAUCCUCCCUGAGCUGGUUAUGAAUAUAACCAUGCUUCAGUUAUGGAGUUUCAGGCAUACUUCUCUAAAGAACUAAAAGCUGUUGUCCUUUAACAAGAUAUGUUAAUACAUUUUCUUAUAUUUAUAAAGAUGUGUUUUUGUAUUUAUGGAGACUGUUACACAUGUAGUAUCAUGGCUGUGCCUUGCCUUUGAAUCAUGAGCAGUUACAUGAUUUAUAAUUCUAGUGAUUUAGGUUAUGUUGUAAGUAGCU